AUGGCCACAGAAGCCCCUGUGAACAGAGCCCUCCCUGAAUGCAGCACGGUGGUCAGCACAGAGGCCGAGCGCUUCCUCUGGCAGCCAGACUCGCUGAGCAUGCACGUCAUAAGGCCCAAGUCCGCCAAGGGCCGCACUCGGCCGAGGCUACACCAACCCCAGGACGCGGGGGUGUGCUCUCACCGCAGGCCACUUUCUCCGCCUCCAGUCAUUCCCUGCGAGUCCCCGAGCAGCCAGAAGCCAGGAGCCUGUGCCCCCAGGUCCCCGAACCAGGGUGCUCCCCACGAGGUCCCUGAGCUGCUGCAACAGGUGCCCAUGGGCACUUCCUCCUCCCUCAAUAAGUACCCGGUCCUUCCCUCCAUCAACAGGAAGACCCUGGGGGAGGCGGGCGUGGAAACCAUCGCUCCGAGGGCCAGCUCCCUGCAACUGAGCAGCCUCCAGGCUCUUUACCAGGAGGAGGCCAGCACCACGAAGACCAGCCAAGAAGAUUCCAGAGCUGCAGCUCAGUUCCUGGAGAGGAAGCUCGCCGUCCAAUCCAGGAGACAGAACUCCUCCAGGCCCGUAGACCUGGAGGAGCCAUCCGAUCAAGAGCCAAGGCUGCUGCUUGCCGUCAGGUCCCCGUCGGGCCGAAGGUUCGUUCGCCAUUUCCGGCCCACGGAUGACCUGCAGACCAUCGUGGCCGUGGCUGAGCACAAGAACAAGGCCACCUACCGCCACUGCAGCAUCGAAACGAUGGAGGUGCCCAGGAGGCGUUUCUCCGACCUCACCAAGUCUCUGCAGGAGUGCAGGAUCCCUCACAAGUCGGUGCUGGGCAUCUCGCAGGAAGACGGGGAGCGGAGGGUCUGA